AGCGUUGCCCGGUAUCUCCGAACUUUCUCCAAAUAAAGGACGGCGCUGCGCAUGCUGGCUAAUUUCGGGGAGAGUUAGUCAUUAAUCGUACGGAUUUUCGGAGAGAAACAUCCGGAUUGGAGUCUUAUCCCAAAUAAACCACAGAUUGGUGCGUCACAACAAAGACAGCAUCGACCGGUACCUAUUCAGUCCGCUGGCCAGGAACAUGCGUGAGAACAAUAGAAGAUAUUGAUCGGAGCCAAGAGGUAGUCUAAUCUGUUCCUCGUCAAUUAUUGAUCGCUAUUUAUCCUUGGAUUCCUGAAAGAAGAUAAUAGCCACGGAGACCUUUCGUACAACUUAUCAGGGUAAACCCUUCUGUUUUUAUUGCGCCAGCAUUAUAAGCUACAUGACAAAAACGAUGAUACUUGAUCGCGGUAUUGUAUGGUCGGAGUCGUCACUUUGCAGGAAAUAAACCAACGAAACGUGAGCUUAGUUUUCUUUACGAAUUAAGGUGAUGGGAGACAGCCGUUGCUUCUUCUUCCUCCGCAUUGAUUGGCGAUCAGUCAUAUCUCGCCAUAGCGUAUAAGUAUUCGGUCAUUAACAUCACGAUUUUCUGCGAUCUUCAUAAUCAUUUGGCUGUAUAUACGGGUAAUACAAAUUCUUCAAGCGUUUGAUGGUAUAUUUAUCAUAGACAGGAUUUGUACAUCUACAUCUUUUCUGGUACUCUGCAAUGUCAACGUCAACCCCCGGAUAGAACGCUGACUAUGAAAACUUAGCCUAUGUGUGAGUGGUUAUGCAGACGAUAUAGUUCUCUAGGCCGGUUUACCUGCAACAAGGUAUCAAGAUGUCAGCCCAGCGGAUAGCAAGGAGAAAGAUUUCGGCUGAGAAGCUUGCCUCGGCUGCCAAGACCUCCAACAACCAAAUCGACGAGGAACUCGUCACCAACGAUUAUGAAACGAAGAUGAAGUCGAUAGACCUGAGAAACUGCAUGGACAGGGUGGAUGGCAACCUUUCCCCGGCCUCGAUCAGGAGAAAGAACACGCGGUCGAAAAGCAUUCAAAGUUCUGACGUCAUGUCACGUGAUGAGUCGAUGACUUUCGCGAGAAGACAGGUGCGAUCGGCGUCAGAUGGACAUUUCACCUUUGAUGCGAUGCAGAGGAGGUUGGGGUUGUCGUCUGUGACGUCAGAUGAAACUUUCGACGAAUCGGAUGAGAUAGAUGAUCACGUGGUGUCGGAUGGGAGCCAAUUAGAUGACUUGAUUUCACCACGAUCGUGGUCCGAUAUGAUCGCGAAUGACACUGCUAUCGAGACAGAAAACCAGCAUGAACAUAAUGUGAAUAAUAAUAAUAAUCACAAGAAUAAACAUUCUCCAGAAACUGGGCGAAGGAGUGGCAAGGGUGUGGUGAAAGGAAAAUACGUUGAAGAUGUCACAUUUCAUGACGUCAAUUCAAAUCAACCAAUCAGAUCGUUUGAGGAUAAAGAUGACUUGAUAACACCGCGUACGUGGGGUGAGAUGGUAGCUGAAGAUAGUGCAUCACGUGACCAAAACCUUAAGAGCAGCCAAUCACAACAAGGCCAAGGCUCACAGGAAGAUUCGUCACACAGGGAAGCAAGUGAGCAGCUGGAUUUUCUGGCGUCCUCGAUAGAGUUUGCCUGGCCUAAGGACCUACCUUGCAACGGAUCGCUACCACGUGAUUGCGUUACACCGGAAACUGACGAUGAUCAGCCGAAGGCAUCCUGGGAAAAAGCAAACGGCUUUGCUAGGUUGGAAUGGAAUCUGCGCAUGUUGAAGAGGAACCUGAUAGCAAUGAGAAAAACGGACCAGAAGAUAUUUCGUCAGCUCCUGAGUAAUUACGAGACGAUUGGCCACUUGUCUGAUCACGUGACAUUUUCAUCGGAAACGCCUUCGCCGUUGCCACCUUCAUCUUCCCCAUGUCCACUCACUCCGAGGUCAACUCCGAGUAGCCCCGAGAAAAGCCGAUCACAUUCGUCCAUUGCGCCGAUAACAACUCCGGGAGAUACCGAACUGUUCCGAAUCAUCCGAGAAGCUCUGGAUCAGCCAGGGGCAUUGAACAUUCGGGGUAUCGUAGAGCAGCUAUCACCGAUUAGACGCCGAAGGAGCAGCGAACCGACUCCGGUGGAAUACGAUGAUCUUCCACUGGGUUUCGGCGAAGAAGAUGAUGAGGAAUUAGAAGAUCUCUUGAGUCUGUCCUGUCCAGUAUUCAAAGAACCGAAAGCACCGAUGAAACACCACGGCAGCAGUGGAACCAAACUAUGACAUCCAGGAUAUAAAUCCAUAGACUCUCAAGAAUGCUAAGACCAGGGCAUUAUUGAUAAACUUACGAAUUGAUUCUGGAUUGUCUCCACCGAGGAAAAAUAGUAAAGGAGUGGAAAGUAUCAAAAUGGCAAUGGAAUUCCCAAAGCUCCACCCCGGGUGAUUGAGUUUUAGGACAGAGAACACCUUUCUUUAAAAGUGAACAACUGUUUCUUUUUUACUCAAAAGGACUAAAAUAAGAACAAAUUGUCACAAAGAUAUUGGUUUCAUCUUGUAAAGCGCCUUUUGCAGAAGGAGUGAGAAGGUCAUAUCAAUAGACAUUUUGCAGUGACGUGAUCACGUCGCCAUCUUAGAAGCUGAAGACAUUGCUCUGCAUGUGUUGGUGAUCUGCAACAAUCUACCAACUCCUUUUAUACGUACUCCUAUAUCCUCUGAGGAAGGGCGCUGUGAGAUUUUGACGUCGUACAUAAUUUACUUAGGAGUGCUGAUUUUUCUCGUAACUUGAACUAGACAAAUCAGCACUCCGAAGUGCAAUCACUAUACACAUAUAUUUAGAGUGUAUGAGUAAGGUUUAUAUGAAGUUACAAUCUCAUAAUUGAAAUCAUCGUUAGGUCUUCCCAUUUUAGUGCUACUUUCAGCCAUUAUGCUAUCUGCACACAGUGAAGCUGCUGUUCAAUUUUGUUCAUACAGCGCUGUUGGCUUUCUGAACUUUUUACAGUGUUUGUAAAUGAUUAACAUUACACAUACUUUGUUACUAAACAUUUUAAACACUUGUUAAACUGUUAAAAAAUGCCGUUAUGCACAUAUAGUAACCGGUUUUGUAUAAGAUUUUUACGUUUUAACGUUUUACCACGCACUAUUUAGUCUGGUAUGACUCGAUUAUAGAAAGGUGGUGUUUCUGUUCAUAAAUUACUCUAAUACGUCUAAGUUGUUAUUGUAAAACUUCAGCAGCCAUGGGUAUUUUAAUCUUUAUUAGCAUAAUUAUGAAAUGAGCAAAUGAUUGGAUAUAUUUUUUAUGUGAACCCCGGUGGAGGGGUUUUGAAAAAAGAGAAACCAUUCAUUCACUGCUAUUUAUUUAUUUGACAUAAUUUUUCAGUUUGAUUUUGUUCAACUUUCCUGAAUAUAACGAUUAGCACAAUUCAUUAUCAUAUGGAAAAAUUAUCAAUAAUAUUCAACAAAGAUUUUUAUGGUCUUGGGCCAAAUAGUUACUAUCAAUCCUCAUUUGAUAUUUCACCAUAAUUAUUAGAAGCGUAAGUUUUGGACUUUUGUUUCAUUUUUUUUCAUUUCAACCGUUACUUCACCUAUGAUAGGCCACUGCAUAGAACUUAUUAUUAACUCAUUUCAAGCUCAAUUGUUUAUUUGUGUUUAAUGUGGAAGAUCAUUGGUUUAGAGAUAAUAACUUGUAUAUUGCCAACAAUUCGCAUGGAAUUACAAUGCAAUAACUCUGUCAAGUAUGAAGAAAAGAGUACAGCCAAGGAGAGCGUUUCAGUGAGAUUUAUCGGCUGACAAAUGGUAAGAUUUGAUAACUUACCUUGUCGGAUAAAACGUCUGACAACUCAUUUCAAUGAGAUCAAUCGGGUAGGACUUACAGAUGUGUUACGAUGUGUAACGAUGUGUUACGGUGUGUUACGAUGUUUAACGAUGUGUUACGAUGUGUAAUGACAACCAAAUGAAUUCUGACAGUAUCAAACAAUAUACAUUAUAAUUAUACAUGUAUCUCUCAUUCUCAUUAUAUAAAAUUAACAAUUGUGUGCCAAAUAAUCCUGGUAGAAAUUAAAUGAUUACUAUUCGAAAAACUA